AUGUCAAAAGCACAGCUACGUAAGCGCCAAAAGCUUCUGCAGAAAGAGGAGAGGCACAAGAAGGCCCAAGAGCAUCUGGCUGCAGACCGCAAGCUGCAACAACAGACCCAAGCACGUGCAGAGGCCGAGGAAACCGGCGACAUGAAGACCAAGUACGGUGUUCUGCCCCUCAACUACUACGCUCCCGCACAGCCUGCCGGUGAGAAGAAGGUCAACCUGCUCGAGCUGUCUGAGAGAGACGUUGGCUCAUGGGUCACCUUCCGUGCUCGCGUCCACAUGAUCCGCCAGAUCAGCAGCCGUCGUGUCUUUGUCUCGUUCCGUCAACAGACUGCUUCGAUCCAGGGUGUCUUGCACGAGCACGCUGGUGUUUCGCUAGGUAUGGUCUACUGGGCCAAGCAUCUCAAGCUUGAGUCGGUCGUGCGUGUGCGCGCUGUCGUUCAAGAACCCAAGGCCAAGCAGGGCAAGAUUACUGGCUGUUCCAUCGGAAACCUCGAAGUCUCAAUUCAUGAGCUACACGUCGAGGGCUCCAGAACCGCCCCUCUGCCCUUCAACGUCGCCGAAGCUGAGGUCACUCGCGAACAAGCAGAGCUUACCAAGAACGCCCGUCAGCACAUCGGUGACCGCACCCGUCUCGCCAACCGCAUUCUCGAUCUCCGCACCAACACGUCCCAAAGUAUCUUCCGUGUGCAGUCUGGUGUCUCAUCCUUCUUCCGCGAAUACCUCCGUGGCCAAGGCUUCAUGGAAAUCCACACACCCAAGCUGCAAGGCGGUGCUACCGAAUCUGGUGCUAGUGUGUUCAAGGUCGACUACUUCGGCAGACCGGCUUUCCUGGCUCAGUCACCUCAGUUGGCUAAGCAGAUGUGUAUUUCGGCCGACUUUGGCAAGGUCUUUGAGAUCGGUGCCGUCUUCCGUGCUGAAAACAGUAACACACACAGACACAUGACCGAGUACACCGGUCUGGAUCUGGAGAUGGCCAUCGAUGAGCAUUACCACGAAGUCCUUCGUGUUCUUGAUGGUCUCUUCAAGUUCAUGUUCAAGAGCGUCUACGAGAACUACCGCCACGAAAUCGACACACUGAAGAAGCACUUCCCUCACGAGGAUCUUGUCUGGCUCGAUAAGACUCCCAUCAUCCCCUUCGCCGAGGGCAUCCGUCUCCUCAACGACUCUGGCUGGAGAGACGAUCACGGCAACCCUCUUCCCGAAGAUGAGGAUCUCGGUACCCGCGACGAAAUCCAGCUCGGAAAGGUCAUCAAGCAAGUUUACGGCACAGAUUACUACGUCCUCGACAAGUUCCCUGCAGGUGCCAGACCUUUCUACGCCAUGCCCGACCCCAACAACCCCAAGAUAACCAACUCGUUUGAUAUUUUCCUUCGUGGCCAAGAAAUUCUCUCUGGUGGUCAGCGUAUUCACGACGAGAAGAUGUUGAUCAAGCAGAUGGAGCGAUUGAAGAUGGACCCCAGCACGCUGGAUGAGUACAUGCAAGGAUUUGCCUGGGGAGCUCCUCCUCACGGUGGUGGUGGUAUCGGUUUGGAGCGUAUGCUGAUGUUGCUGCUCUCUCUUGGUGACAUUCGCCAUGCCACUCUCUUCCCUCGCGAUCCCAAGUCCCUCCCCGCAAAGCCCGUCGUCAAGCAACUCAGACAUCCCGAAGCCAGCACAUUGCACCCUCCGUGGGAAGGUCAAGACCGCCACGCUGCCGGCAUGGAGCUUCCUUCCGUCGAGAUGCUCAUCGCCAACUACGGAGAUGCUUCCAACACCUCUUGGCUCGAGCCUCGCACCGAGAUCUGGAGAGACGACGCUACCGGUGCCGCCGUCGGUUUUGUGCCUCACCAAGGCUAUGCCAUCACCGUUGGUGACCCGCUUUGCCACAAGAGUCAGUACGCCCGUACUAUUGCAGGAUACUUGCACUACAUCAAGAAAGAGCGUGGAAUCAAGCCCCUGUGGCUGUUGUGUGGUGGUGACACUGAGGAAGUCCUGGCGUCGCACCAAUUCGAUUGGCGUACAUUCUCAGUCGCUGCUGAGCAGCGUCUCGAUCCUGGCAACAACCCGGCUGUGCACGAUCACGACAUCCAGCGUAAGAUCCGCCACGCGAGCAAGGAAGGCGUCAAGGUGCACGAUUACCCGCUCGGCACACCAGUACCGGCUGAGAUCAAGCAAAAGAUUGACGGCCGUGUCAAGGACUGGCUGGCCAACCGCAAGGGCAAGCAGGUCCAUCUCACAGAUGUUCACCCUUGGCAAGAUGAGGCUCAUCGUCAAUACCACUACACUACCGACAAGGACGGCCAAAUCGCUGGCUUCGUCAUCAUGGCCCAGCUGUCGCCCGACCAUGGCUGGCAAGUCAAGUUCUCGCUUGAUUUCCCCGGAGCACCCUCAGGUGCCAUUGAGAUGCUCGUUAUGCACGCGCUUUCGCAAUGUGCGGCCGGCGGUGCCACGUCGGUCACGUUCGGUGGUGGUGCCAGCUCCAAGCUGACUCCCGGUCACAACCUGAAGGGUACCCGUAUCAAGGUUCUCAGCAAAGCCUACCAUGCCAUCGCCACUGAGCUCAAGCUCACGGCCAAGUCAGAGUUCAGAGAGAAGCUCGGUGCCCAGGAUGACCCCAUCUACGUGUGUUACCCACCACACGGCCUCGGACCUGGAGGUGUCAAGGCAAUCUUGACCUUCUUCGAGGACACGGAUGAUGGCAACAACUAG